AUGACUCAAAGAAAAAUAGAAAAUCCUCGUUUCCUAUCAAAUAAUUUUCCACAUACAUGUAAGAAUAAUUAUGAGUAUUUUUCACAAAAAAAAUAUUUUUUUGUUUAUUGGAAAAAGAAAAAUGAAGAUAAUACUAGAAACAAUUAUUCUGAAGAUAGAAUACAUAAUUUAUAUAGGGAUUUAGAAAAAUAUUUAUAUAAAAUAAUGAAAGAAAAAAAUUUUCGAAAAAAUAAUUUUGAUAAAUUAUCCAAUUAUAUGAAGAGGCAGAAAACUAUUUUAUGUAAUAAUAAAUAUUUUCACCUGCAUUAUUUAUUAAGUUGCGAUAAAAAUAUUAAAAUGAAUAAUAGAAAAAACUUUGUUUUUUUUAAAAGAUUUAGAAAUAGAGAAAAAGAGAAUCAAAUAUUACUUUUACUUAAGGAAUAUAACAUAAUGAAAAAUAAUUCAAAUAAAGAACAAGUAAACACAAUACAGAAAAAAGAAGGAAGAAAAAAACUUUUACGUAGUUUAUUAAAUUUUAAGACACAUGCAACUAAAAUAGAAUAUAUUAAACAAAAUACAAGUAAAUGUGUAAUAUUUAACAAAGGUAGUCUCAUAAUAAAAUCAAAGAUAUACAUGAAAGUAAAAAGUGCCUCUAUUCCUAAAUUACUCAUUUUUAAAAACAGUACAAAAAAUAAUAAUCAACAUAUUUUUCAUAAUUCAUUUAAAAUUAAAAAUAUGAUGCUUCUGAAGAAAAAAAAAGAAUUGAUGAGAUAUAAUUUAUAUAUUAGCAUGCAUGUUUAUUUUAGAAAGAUGAUAAUUGAUAAUGAAAAUAUCCUAAAUGGUAAUUUGAGAAAAGAAAAAUGCUUUUUACUUUUUUCUAGAAAAUACGAUGAUGAAAAAAUUAAUAAAAUAAAUAUUGUUUAUAUAAAAAGUAAUUCUACAAACAUUUUAAAUAUAUUAAAAGAAAAUUUGAAUAUUAAUAAAAAAAUAAAAACAAUUAAAAGUAUUAGUAUAAAAAAUUUAAAAAAAUACAGAAUUAUAAAUUCAAACUUCUUUAAAAAUGAACGAUAUAAGUUAAUUUUUAAAAAAAAAGUAAAUAUUUUUCUCUUAUUAUACAAAAAGAAAAUAUCAUCUAAAAAAAAUAGUAACGAUGAAAGAAAUUAUGCAAAUUAUUUUAAUUAUAAAAAUGAAGAUGAUGUAAAUAAUAAUAAUAAUAAUAAUAAUAAUAAUAAUAAUAAUAAUAAUAAUAAUAAUAAUAAUAAUAAUAAUAAUAAUAAUAAUAAUAAUAAUAAUAAUAAUAAUAAUAAUAAUAAUAAUAAUAAUAAUAAUAAUAGUAAUAAUAAUAAUAAUAAUAAUAAUAAUAAUAAUAACAAUAAAGAUAAUAGUAAUGAUAAUGAUAAUAAUAAAGAUAAUAAAAAGAAGAAGAAGAAGAAGAAUAAAAAAGAUGAUGAAAAAAAUAACCACAACAUGGAUAGUGAUAAAGAAAAUUAUUACGAGAAAAAAAAUGAAGGUGACAAAGAAAAUAUUAUCAAAAAGAAUAAAAUAAAAUUUGGAAAGAGUAAAAAUAAAAAUAAUAAUUAUAUUAAAAGGAAAAAAAUUACAAAUGAUAAUACACUUAAAAUCCAUUCGAUAAAAAACAAUAAUAAUAUUAAAAAUGAAUAUAUUUUGAAAAAUAAUAAAAUACAUAGAAACAAAGAGCAUGACAUAAAUAAAAAUUAUUAUAUAAAAAAUAAUGAUGUAUGUAAUAUUAAGGAUAAAGAAAUAUUAAUAGACUCUUGUUUAAUAAACAGUUCAAAGUAUGGAUCGAGAAAUUCAAGAAAACGUAUGAACAGCCACAGUUUAGAUAAAAAAAAUUACGAUGUAUGUUAUAUUAAAAAGAAGAUAGAUCUUACUAAAAUAUAUAAAAAUGUUAUAGAUUAUAAAAAAGAGAAGAUAAGUACAAAUAAAAAUGAGAAAAAUCCAAAUUUUAUUAAUGUUGAAACAUUUAAAAAUAAAAUAAAUGAAAUGGAGUUCAUAAGCAAUAACAUAACAGAAAAGAAUAGUAAUAAAAUUUAUUCGGACAAUUUAAAUGACUCAACAGUAAAAAAAAAAUUGAGAGAAUAUAAUAAAUCUGCUUUAUUUAAUAUUAACAAUGAAAACAAUUUUAUGAAUACAAAAAAAAUUGUACCUAUAAAAAAACUUGUAGAAAAUUCAGAAAUUUUGGAAGACGAAAAGAACAAAGAGAAAUUAGUUAUAAAGACUAAACAUGAUUCUAUGGAUAAUAAAAAUAAAAAAAAUGAUCAAAAAAUAGAUAUAAAUUCAUUAAAAGAAAAGGAAAAAAAAAAUUUAAGAUUAAAAAAGAGUAAUUCAGAAGAGAAGGAAAAAAUAAAAAAAGAAAAUGAAGAAUAUCAUCAUGAAAAAAAUAAAAAAGGAUAUACAUUAAAUGACAUUGAGGAAAGAAACCAUGUUUUGAAUAAAAAAAAUUCUUUUUUAAUUAAAAAUGAAAACUUUAGCGACAUAGAAAUAAAUGAUAAUAAUAAUAAAUAUCCCCUUAUUAAAGAUAGUAAAAUUUAUAACAAUUCUGCAAAACAUAAAGAAGUUGGUAUAAGUCACAAAUAUAAAUUAAAUAUAAACUCAAAAAUUAAUAAUAAAAAAAGUUCAAACAUUAGAAUAAAAAAAAAAAUAAAAAAUGAAUUAAAGAGUUAUACAUCAAAAGAGAAUGAUACAAGACUAGUUAAAAAUUUAAGAAAUAAAAAAAUAAAAACGUGUAAUAAUGAAAAUUCUGUAAACAGUAAUAAUAAUACAAUCGAGACAAAGGAAAAAACACAUGAUAUGGAAAUUAAUACAAAAAAUAACUUAAAAGAUAAAAUUCUACACAAAAAUGAAAAUUUACUAGAUAAAAAUAUAUCUUUCUCAAGUACUCAUACAAUAACAGACGAAGUAACGGAUACUGAAGAAAAUAUAAAAAAUGCAUGUAAAGACAUCCUGAAUAAUUCACCUUUUUUCUUUAAUGAAAAUGAUUAUCAUAAAAAUUGUGAAUUAUUAAAAAACAUAUAUAGCAACAAUUUAAUAUAUAAUAACCAAAAACAUAAAAAUAAUGAAUAUCCUUGUUAUCAAUUAAUACAAAACAAUCAAGAACUAUUAGAAGAAAAUUGUUUUAAUAAAUUUCUUGAUUAUAAUAUAAAUGAUUAUUUAAAUAUUUCUAAUAAUAAUUUCAAUGAAUAUAAAUCUAAUUUGCAAUAUGAUUUUUAUCGAUUUCAACCACUUAUUGUAAAAAACAGCGUUCACGAUAAUAGUAUUCAUACGACAAUGAUACAUUUAAACAAUUACAAUUGUGAUUUCAUACCUGAUAAUUAUAAAAAUAAUUUUUAUAUAAAUUACAAUAAGAUUAAUAAAUGUAAUUGCAUACACGAAAUAAACUAUAUAAAAAAUAUUAAUGAACAUAAUUCAAAUACUCAGAAAUCAAGUUAUAUAAAAGAGUUAACGGAUCAAGAAUGCCUAAAUAAUAAAAUAAAAAGUUUGAAUAUUUCGAAUAAUUUAUUUACUAAUCAGUAUUAUCCAUUAUUUCCCUCUAACAAUAUUUUUAAUAAUAUAAUUCUUAAUCAAAAAAUUAAAAAUGAUUUAGCAAAUAAUAAUAAUAUUGACUUCUAUUCAAGUAAUAAAGAAACAAAUGAAAAAAAAUAUAGCAAUUCUAUUAAAAAAGAAAAAAGUGAAAUCAGCAGCAAUAAUAGUAAAUUAUUAAAUAAUGAAAUUGGAUAUAAUAAUGAAAAAAAUUAUUCUUAUAAUUCUAAUAAUAAUGAUAAUUUGAAAAAUGAAAAUUAUAAUAUUACAACAAAUUCAAUCAAUAACUUGAAUGAUGAAAAUAAAACAAAUAGUUAUAAUAAUUCUAUUGAAGAAUAUAAAAUUAAUGAAGAUUCAAUACAUACAAAUAAUAGUAUGAAUAAUAAAAUCGUCAUUAAUUAUGUAAAUAAGUAUAAUCAUAUGAACGAUAGUAAUCUUUAUAGUAUGAAUAUAUUUGUAAAUGAUAAUUGUAAUGAUAAUCAAAAAAAUAAUAUUUUUAAAAAUAAUCCAAAAAAUGAUAAUAUAAAUAUGAAGAAUAUAGAAAACACACCUAAUUUUACUCAUAAUUUAAAUAAUUGUGUUAAAAAAUCAAAUGAUAACUUAAAUAAUGAUGAAAAGAAUAACCCUCCUAGUUCUAUAAGCGAAGAAAAAAAAAAUUUGGUAAAUUACUUGAAUGGAAAUAAAGAAAAUUCAAAUAAUUUUAUUAAUAAUAGAUCAAAUGGAAUAAUUUAUGCAAAAAAUGAGAGAGAAUAUAAUAUUUGCAAUGAUUUAAGCAGCACAAAUUCUCUUAAUUAUAUAAAUAAUAAUUUAUAUAAAUUUAAUAUUUUAAAUAAAAAAUGUUAUGUUUCUAAUCAGGUUAAUAAAAUUGAUAAUAUAAAUAAUUGUAUGGCAAUAAAUAAUUUAAAUUCUAUAAAUACUAAUUUUAAUGAUUUUCAAAAUAAUUUAAAUAAAAUGAACUAUAUACACCAUAAUAUGAAUUGUGAAAUCAAUAAAAUACAUUACAUAAAAAAUAAAAAUACAGGAUACAUUAAAAAUGAACAAAAUAUGAAUUAUUUAAAAACUAGUGAUCAAUGUGAAUCAAAAAGUAAACUAUCAAAUAUUAAUAUUUGUAAUAAUAAUGAAAUAAAAGAAAAUAAUAUUAAUAAGAAUUAUAAAAACAAUAAUAAUAAAACUAUUAGUACGAAUAACAACACUAACAAUAACAAUAAUAAUUAUGUUAAUAGCAAUAAUGAUAAAAAAAAUAAUAAUAGUAAUAAUAAUAAUGAUAAUAAAAAUAAUAAUAGUAAUAAUAAUAAUAAUAAUGAUAAUAACAAUAAUAAUUAUGGUAAUAGCAAUAAUAAUAAUGACAACAAUGACAAUAAUAAUGAUGAUGAUGAUAAUAAUAAUAAACACAAUCAUAAUAAAAAUAUUAGCAGUAAUAACAAUAAUAUAAAUGACAAUACUAACAAUAGUGAUAACAAUAAUAUAAAUAAUAUAAAUUAUAUUUGUAAUAAUAACAAUGAUGAUAAUAGCAAUACAAAUAAUAAUAAUAAUAAUAAUAAUAACGAAAAAAACAAAAAUGAGUUAAACAAUCAUUCUAAUAACAGUAUCUGCGAAAGUAAUAACACCACUAUUACAAAUCAUCUAAAUGACACUCAUAACGAUUAUGAGAAGAUAAACUUUAUAAAUGGUUCUAUAAAAAAUAAUAUUAAUGAAAUAAAUUUCCUAAAUUUCAAUUCAAAUAAUAUAAAUAACAGUAUAAAUAACACACAUAAAUUUAAUUAUAUAAAUAAUGAAUGUAUAAAUAAUCUUAUAAAUCAAAUGAAUUAUAAAGAUUAUGUAACUAAUCUGAAUUAUUUAAAUUCCAUAAAUUAUUUUAACAAUAACUUGAAUAACUUAAAUAGUUUAAAUAAAACAAUACAAUUAAAUUGCAUAAAUGAAAUGAGAUAUAUUAAUGAAAUAAAUAAUGAACGGUAUAUAAACAAUAUGAAUAGUGAAAUACAUUUUAUAAAUAACUAUCAUAAUCAUAUAAUAGCAAAUGAAUUAAGCAUUCAUAACAAUUACAAUGAUAUAAAUCGCUUCAAUAAUAAUAAUACCUUAUAUAUAAAUGAUAGACUUUUUUCUAUGAAUCGAACAAUUGAUUUUAAUGGUGAUAUAAUGAAUAAUUAUACCACUCAUGAAUUAUCACUCGAAGGUGUUGAUCAAAAUUCGAAAAAUACAAACAUGAAUAACUUUCAUAAAAAUGGAUUGAAUUCUAAUGAAUUGAGUAGUAUGAACUCACCUGAAUCAAACUGCACAAACAAUAAUAAAGAAAAAAAGAUCUUAAAAUAUGAUGAUUUUAUAUUUGGUAGAAAGAAAGAUGUAUUAAAAAAAAGAUAUGAAAUACAAAAGGCAAUAUUAUUAAACGUUGAUGAUAAAUUAAAAGAAAUGGUUGAAGAAAUUGUAUAUAAUGCUUCUUUAUUACCAGAAAAAGGGUUAAGAGGAAGAAAUACCCUAGAUUGUAAUCAUCCAAUUCACAGCGUAUGGAAAGAUACUACUAGAGGUCAUUGCUCAUGGAGAUGCAGAUGGUGGGAAAACGGGAGAAGAUUAAGCAAAAAUUUCAAUGUGAAAAGAUUUGGUAAUGAUGGUGCUUUAAGAAUGGCUGUAACAAUGAAAUUAAAAAAAAGUGCUCCAAAAGAACAAUUGCAAUUAUUAAAGCAACAAAGGGAUUUUUUAAAACUAUGUUAUGUUAACAACUGGAUAAAAGAUAAUAAAGAAAGCAAUAAAAAGCGUUUUCUUAAUUCCAUUAAUAUAAAUGAUGUAAAUGUUAGUAACUCUAACAACACUAAUACGAAUAAUCAAUUAAAUGAAGAACCAAAUAAUAAAUCAACUCAUUUUAACAAUUUCUCGUGUAAUAAAAGUAUCUAUCCCUAUAAUAUUUUAAAAAAAGAAAAUACUCAAAAUAAUAAUACUGCAAUGAAACACAAUAUGUAUAUGAGUAACCUCCCAAGUCCUCUAUUACUAUCCAAUCAAGAAGAAAAUACUUUUAAAAGCAAUUUAAUAAAUGAAAAAUAUUAUAUUCAUAAUUCAAAUGGAAGUAUAAAUGAAAUUAUAAAUGAAACACAUAAGAAUUUUAAUAAUACAUUACAUUUAAGAAAUAAUUAUAACUCUUACGAUAUAAAUAAUAAUUUCAACAAUACAACUAUUUCUUCACAGGGAUUUAAACAUAAUGAAGACACUAUAUUAAGCAAUAAUUAUAGUACAAAUUGUGAUAUCUAA